CUAAAAUCUUGAACUAAAAUCUUUAUUUUUCGUAAACGAUUUUAAAAAUGCAGACAAUUGAAGAUAUAAACUUUUAUUUAUGUAAUUACGACGUUCAACUUCCAGAAACCGCAUCAGAAAAUCUGAAAAAAUUAUGGUCCGGCCACUGGGCAGUCUGUGAAGAUGAUUGUAAGGAUUUAUUAGCCACUGGCUUAGAAGUACAGUCAAUCUUGAACUUAUUGAUUAAAAGUAAUGAUGAUACUUCUAAAACUCAAGGACGUCUGUUAUCAUCUGCCAUAAGUGCAUUUUUAACGUUUUGUGACUUAAAUUGGAGUACACAUCCAAGCAGUUUUCAGCUGAAUCAGUUCUUUAGUGGGGAAUGGCCUGACGCUAUAGACACUAGUACAGGCUUGCAGAGAGACUCAGAACCUGUUACCACAAACAUAGUUUACCCGGAACUGUUGUACUUCUCAUCACAGAUACUAGCAUCGUUAUGUACUGCAGAAGAAAAUUUGGUCCAUCUGUGGUGGAGUUUUCGCUGUAAAGUAACUCAUCAAAGAGUAUUAGAAGACACAAGUGCUAGUUUAUACAAUGAACUUGAGUUGGUCAUUGCUAAGCUACUGAACAAGUCUCAGGCAUUAGACAACAGCAGGCUUAAGGUUCUGCUUUAUUUGGAGAUAGCUCAAGCAUAUCUAAUAUACAGUAGAAUACAAAAGGUUGAGGAAUACUUGUUGAAAGCCAAGGAGUUAGCAGGAUUGAAACUCAAGCUGACUGGUGUACUAGGAAAGAGGACUAGGUUUCAACAGCAAGCACUGCCGCAACUUGCCUUGUCCAGUGAGCUAGAUGAGGCAGUAGACCGACCAUCUGCAGAGGAAACCCAUGGAGGCUCAGAGCUGCCGAAAGAUAUUGAGCUGCAAGAUGAUGUGAGACUUGACAGAAUACAGUUUAAUGAGAGAAUCAUUCAAUCUGAGCUUCCCAGCCUGGAGCAGACUCUAUGUUUGUUGACAGUUCAGUAUCUCCAAAAAGCGCGACCAAAAGAUGACUUAAUGAGAGAGGAGCUGCAGCCGUACAUAGAAGCUGUACUGAAUCAGAAAAAGGGACCUUGGUCUACGAGGGUUGGAGCCCUAUUGGUCAGGUGUAAGCUGGAGGCCGAUCAUAAGAGGACAGUGGAACGGUCAAUGUUGCAGUGUGAAGCGAUUGUGAAUGAUAAAACGGAUGUGUCUGCAACCGUAAGAUUAUCCUACCUAUGGGCGAGUGGUGUAUUACCAUCAUGGAACUGGCGCCAGCAACUUGCUGACUUGUACUUGAGUUUGGGGCUAGUGAAGGCGGCACUGGAACAGUAUGAGAAGUUACAGCUGUGGGAGGAUGUUAUAGUGUGUUAUACAAUGCUGCAGUUGAGGCACAAGGCGGCGGAGGUAAUACAACAGCAGAUUGAUAUAAAACCUACCGUUAAACUGUACUGCCUGCUUGGUGACGCUACAGACGACAUAGCCUGCUACGAGAAGGCGUGGGAGUUCUCCAAUCACAGAAGCAGCCGGGCUCAGAGACACUGGGGCAACUACCUGUUCGACCACAAACAGUACGCCGAGUGCAUACCGCACUACGAGAAGAGUGUUGAGAUCAACUCCAUACAGGAGAGUGUGUGGUUGAGAUUGGGCUACGCUGCCUUAUCCGUAUCCAACUGGGAGCUAUCUGCUCGCGCGUACCGCAUGUACACGUACCUCCAGCCGCAUACGUUCGAGGCGUGGAACAACCUCGCCAAGGUGUACGUCAACCAGGGUGAUAAGAACCGGGCGUACAGAGCGUUGAUGGAGGCGCUGAAAUUCAAUUAUGAUAAUUGGAAGCUCUGGGAGAAUGUGAUAAUAGUGAGUAUGGACACGGGCCAUUUCGAGGAUGUUCUGCGAGGCUGUCACCGCCUCCUCGACAUACAACGGAAGUUCGACGAUGUGGAGGUGUUGACACUACUCGUCAACGCCAUCGUGCAGGACCAUAAGGACGCCGAUGGGAAUAGUUCGGCUAGACUAAGAAAACGAGCGUUAGAACUAUUUGGCAGAAUAACAUCUGUGCAUCAGAACAAGCCGAGAAUAUGGCAGUUGUACGCGGACUUGAGUCCAACUUACUUGCUAAAAGGACAAAGAUUGCUGAAGGCUUACAAGGGCUAUACUAUUAAUGGUGACUGGUCCCAGAGUCCGGAAAAUUGUAAACAAGUUAUGGAUCUAACGCAAUUAUUGUUAGAGUACAGUUUGAAGGCCCGACAAGAAGCAGAAGAGAAGGAUAUACUUCAAGCGAAUCAACAGAUUUCGUCGGCGCGCCUCACCGGCCAGGCUGUUAUAAGAGCGGUGGAGAAACAGGACUGGCCAGACACGAAAAGCUCGCUGGAUGAACUCAAACAGUUAUUUAGUGAUGUUACAGAAUAUAUGAAAUCUAUAAUGUAUACAUUGUUUUAUUUUCUUCCACAAAAUUGCGAUCUUGGAUAA